AUGCCCCACAAUAGCACUUGCAGAUCGAUGACGCUGAUUCCGACCGGAAGGCUGCAUCCUCAUGCGCUGUCAAGACUGAUACAAAACGCAAUGCCGUCGGGACGCCACGCUCGAUAUGCGUGUGAUGUUUUUGACAGAUGCGUGCUGUCGUCGGUCUUGUUUGGGUCGCACACGGCGGCCGACACACGACAAGGAGGGCCUGAAGGGGAAAUCAGGCGCGAGUACACCGGUACCUGCAUGCAUGCAGCUGAAACGGGUGUGGCGAAGCAGCGAGGCGACCAAUCGUACACUGUAUUGGGAGAGUUGUUACUGAGCUACCAGCUCUUCUCGCCUUGCAACCGCGUAUGGUCGUAUGCACUGCACUAUUGGACGACGAUAGCUGUAGAGGAAGAGCACAGCCAGCUCGGUUGCAUACUGUGUGUCCACAUGGUGCUCGUGAGAGGCGAGUUUGAGGGUUGUGCUCCUAGGAGUGGCGGUUGA